UUUAGUUUCUCUCAUUCUGGAAAAAUUCGACGAGAAUACACCUUUGACCAUAAAUGAUGUUCAUAAUGCCAAUGUCAAAGCGGAAAUACAAUCUGUCAUGGAAGCCACUAAUUGCCUGGCAGCAACGCAAGCGCUAGCAGACUCUCAUAUUUUUAGUGCAGCAGGAACGUACGACCAGUUCUCUUCCGAAAAUUGGCAAGCAGAGAGGGAGAUAGCAGUUAAAGGUUAGUUUCAGAUCUCGCUCUUGAUCCACUGAUUUUUGUACAAUCGUAGGUUUAUUGUGAAGUUCAUGUAAUUUGUAUCUUCAAUGCAGGUUCGAAGAUGCACUGUCCCGUGUUCCAGCUUUACCAUGCCCUCUAAGUUAAAUUCAAUCAAAAAUAAGGGGCAACGGCCAAAAGUGGCGCCUAAAAAAUUAGCAAAGCUCUCAUUUGAAAAUUAGUUGGUGCUACUGUUUCAUUUAAAUCUAAGGAUUCUGGCAGCAUUUCCAGAGAAAAUAAAUCUCUUUCAGAAUGUAGUUGGAGCAAACUUGUAAGCCAUAACUCAUUAGGACUUACAUACCGUUCUGUUCUUAAUCCAUAAUUAUUCCAGGAAUUUGUCAAAUUGUUAAGACUCUGCUGUAUCCUAAAAAAGUACACGUAAAUUAAACACAACAAGUCUAGAACAGACGACUGGUGUAAAAAAUUGUUAUCUUCAAGGUAAUAAAAGAUCUGUCGAAAUUUUGAGGUCACAAUUAAGUUAACCUCUGCCCACAAUAUUUUUAUUCUUGUAUUAUGCACACUUCUACCUUGAAUAAACGGUGAAUCAAUGUUGCUGCGUCGUGAUUCCAUGAAAUUAA